AUGCGCACCGACUGGGGUCCUACAUCCUCCUCGACCACCACCACCUACCAACACCCAUCUUCAUCAGCAUCGUCCCAAAAUCUCCUAGCUUCAGGCCAUCGAAAACAUCUCUCGAGCGUCACUCCGGGUAUCAUCAUGGACCGCCAGCCCCUCAGACCCUACGACUGGCUCAGCUGGCCGAUUCCGACGACGGAGUCUGAACAGCUCGCGCAAACAACUUUGGAGAGCACAGCACUUUCCAGGAAAGGCCACACGACCUACCUCCGCGUCUUUACUCGUAGCAGCAUUUCCACCGCUGCUCCCGCCCAACUUUGCGGCGCUGGACUCUGCAGAGCCGACGAAGCCUACCUUGCAUCACUGCCCGCAUGCGAGGCCGUAGCGACUUCACAAGAUGCCUCUCGAUCGCUGUAG